AAAAAUAUUCCGUUGUAAAGCCGUAAAAAGUAAAUAAAAAAAUCAUAACUCUAUCUGCUGUUAGACUACAAAGUUAUACAUAAACUUAGUUGAGGUUACAUCACUUAUUUGAUAGUAUAUCUCGAGUGCGUUAAAUGGUGUUAAAAAUAAAAAUAAUGUCAAAUGAGUACAUUUUUAAAAUGGUCUUAAAAAAUUUAUCAGUGCUAUUAAUUUUGAGUGUAAUUGUAGAAAUUAAAUCUGCAAAAAUACUAGCUGUGUUUCCUAUGCCUUCAAUAAGUCAUCAAGUUGUGUUCCGUCCAUUAACUCAAGAACUUGCUAAAAAAGGUCAUGAUGUUACAGUUAUAACGCCAAAUCCAGCGUUUCCUAAAGGAAAUUCCCCAUCAAAUUUAAGAGAAAUAGAUAUACAUGAUAUAUCUUACGAAUUUUGGCACCAAUUUCAAAUUGAUUAUAAAGCUGAUGGCAAUAGUAUGAACUUCAAUACCAUUAGACAAACAACGCUGUUGCUAGCAAAAAUGUUUGUAACACAAUUACAAUCACCUGAAAUCCAGGCACUAAUUAAUGACGAUAGUAAAAAGUUUGAUUUAAUAUUAAUUGAAGCUGUUAUGCGACCUGCACUUGUUUAUUCUUACAUUUUUAAAGCACCAGUUAUUCUAGUAAGUUCUCUUGGUAUGGUUGUCAACUACCAUAAGGUUAUGGGGAUGCAUACACACCCAUUGUUAUAUCCCUACAUGCUUCAACCAAGGAUCUAUAAUCUUACGCUUACGGAAAAACUUUACCAGAUUUACAUGUAUUAUUCUGGGGAAUUUGCUGAUUACCUAAAUGAAAUUGACGAAAAUAAAAUAUUGAGAAAUGUUUUUGGUUCAAAAGUUCCUCCUCUGAGUGAUCUUUAUCUCAAUAUUGAUAUGUGUUUUCUUAACAUUCAUCCUAUUUGGGCAGACAAUCAGCCAUCUCCCUCCAACGUUCUCUAUAUUGGCGGGAUACAUAUUGUACCGGAAAAAGAGUUGCCACAGGAUCUACAAGAAUAUUUAGAUUCUUCAAAGCACGGUGUAAUUUAUUUGAGUUUUGGGACAAAUGUUCUAGCAGAAAUGAUACCUCCAGAUAAAAUACGAGUAAUAAUUAAUGUCCUCUCAAAACUUCCUUUUGACGUUUUGUGGAAGUGGGACAAAAAUGAAUUACCAGAACGAUCAAGUAAUAUAAGAAUUUCGAAUUGGUUUCCACAAGCGGACAUAUUAAGGCAUCCUAAAGUUAAGCUUUUUAUCACACAAGCUGGGCUCCAAUCAACAGAUGAAGCUAUAAAUGCUGGCGUUCCACUUGUUGCAAUACCUAUGUUAGGAGACCAGUGGUACAAUGCAGAAAAAUAUGUUAAAUAUGGUAUUGGUAAAAAGCUUGAUAUAAAAUCUUUAACAGCCGAAGAGCUCAAGAGCGCUGUUGAAACUGUUAUAAAAGAUUACAACUAUCGGAACAAUAUAAUAAAACUUCGAGAGUAUCAGCGUGAUCAGCUAAUGCCUCCUCUUGAAAAAGCUGUGUGGUGGACCGAGUAUGUCAUAAGGCAUGGUGGGGCCAAGCAUUUGCGUUCCUCUGGCGCGAACGUAUCUUAUACUGAGUACUUCGAAUUAGAAAUUCUGUUUAUAGUUAUAUCAGCAGUAUUAACCGUUUUGAUUUCGAUAAUAUUGAUCUUAGUUUUGUUCGUUAAAUUAAUUAAAAAAAUGAUAAGUUACAAA